GUCUGCCUCAUCCCAAACCGCCACCGGUAAUAAAAAAAAGUAAGUCUGAACUAAUGAAAAAUAAUUUUGAUAAAUGGAAGGACCCACAAACCGGCUAUUGGCACGCAACUUGCAAGUGGUGCAACAACAAUUAUAGUUUGGGAACCUCCGGCGGAUACGGAUCCGCCGCAAGGCAUCUUAAGGCAAAGCACCCCGUGGAGUAUGCAAAAUUAGGCGGCGGAACGGGAAAAAAAAAAAAAAAAAAAAAAAAAAAAAAAAAAAAAAAUGGCGUGUAACUGUGAGAUUGUGCUAGUGAGUUGAGAAGAUUAGAAGGUAUUGAACUGCUCUAAGAAGCAGGAGAUGUUUGGAACCUAAACGCUGCAAAAAUCAGUGUUUCCCAUUGACAAAAAACUGCAUUUGGAGUUUGCAACUAGAGACAGCCAUGGGAGGGGGGAAUAGAGGUCUCGGUACUUGUUGCAGUACAACUAAGCUAAGCUGUGAAGAAGCAGCCAAGAAAGACAUAAUCUGACUGGUCAAAAACACCAUGAGAUUGAGAUGGCUAGUUGGUGAAAAAAGAAAAAACUCAUGAGUGUGGUAAUUGCAAAGGGGUUAAUAUGCCAAGGAUCCAAUAAAGGACAUGAUUCAAAAUUUUCCAUCUGAACGCAUUUGGACAAAAAAGGCUUAGGUGACCCUAUAUAAAGCGGGUGGUUUUACUAGAUUUUGCUGUCAUGGGGACUACGCCAAAGUAAAACUUAAAUCAAAUCUUUCUAGCUGGAAGACCACUUCAAACUGCUCAUGUCCCCUCCCUAUAUAUUAUUGUGUUGUUAUUUUAUCAAUGUCUUGCUUAGACUUACUUUGUGUGUGUGGAUUCCAUUCCAAAAUAUAUAAUCCUUGUAAAACGUGUAAAAAAAAAAAAAAAAAAAAAAAAAAAAAAAAAAAAGGCGGCGGAACGGGGAAGCAAACUCAAAUAUCGAGGUUUGCGAAUUCUCAACCUUUUGGUAAUUUCUCCUACAAUGAUGCACAAAAUUUGACUGACUGGUGGAAGUCAAAAGAAAGAACGUUCCCGAUUUUAGCACGGAUGGCUAAGCAAGUACUAUCAAUGCCGAUUUCAACAGUUGUUGUGGAACAAGAAUUUAGUUGGGCCGACAACGUCCUAACGGCAUCUAGAUCGAGAUUGAGCGCGGAGUCUCUUGAGACGCUUAUAUGCUACCACGAUUGGUUGAAGGCCGCACGUAGAACUCAAGAAAUGAGCAUCACCCCCUCCCAAGAUUUUAUGGAUGACUCAACAACCGAUGGUGGCUCUACCUAUGCCGGAGAUUCCGAU